AUGUCUACGUUGCCUGAAGCCAAACUCGCCGCCGAGGCCGAGAUCGCUUAUCAGGUCAUCAUCAUGAGUACCGACUACGAUUGCUGGCACGACUCCGGCGACGUCUCGGUCGAGAUGGUCAUGGGCCACAUGCGCGCCAACGCAGUCAACGCACGACGCUUCAUCGCCGCGGUGCUUGACGAGCUGUCCAAGGAAGAGCAUGCGGAGCUCGUACAGGGAAAGCACCUCGCUGGUGGCAGGAAGUUCGGAAUCAGCACCUAUCCUGAAGGGAGGAGCAAGAAGGCUGUGGAGAAGCUCAAUUGGCUGUUCGAGGGCUAUUUCUAG